GCGCCGGAAGUGAUGUUGACAACUCCGAGGUCCGUGAACGCAGCAUAAACGUCGGUUUCACUUCGGUAGCCAUGGCGGCGUUCACGUCGUUCACGUCGUUCCGGUCCCCUCGGAACCCCGAGGAGUGAACCCGUCCGCCGGACCCCCGUGGACCCGCAUCAGAGGGAAGUCCGGGUCCGUCCGGGACGUUUCCGCGUACGGAAGCCGGCGCGUUCAAGACAUUUUAGCGCAGCUCGCGACAAGCUAACGUCCGCAGCACGACGCGUCUGGAGGAACUGGGUCCAGGAGGAACCGGAUCCAGGAAGAACCGGGUCCAGGAAGAACCGGGUCCAGGAGGAACCUCUAGCCUCAUCCGGUCCUCCCGCUGCCAUGUCGGGCCCGGGCUGCUGAGCUGCGGGUCUGCUGGUCUCCUGUCGCGGUUGGUGGAGAUGGAUGGUGUCCUCUGGAGCUCCUCUGGGCUCCGGGAGUCAUUCAGCCGCUCCAAGACCGCCGCGGACACGCUGUCCAGGCUGGCCCGCCUCAUCGCGCGGGCCGGGCCCCAGCGGGACCUGGAGCAGCCGGGCCCCCGGGACCUGGAGCAGCCGGGCCCCCGGGCCGCGUGUCCGGGAUGCGGCGAGCGGCCCCGGGGGGCGAGCCGCGCGCUGCCCAAGCUGCACGGCUGCGCGUCCUGUGGGCGCGAGUUCUCCCUCAAGUCGACCCUCCGGCUGCACCGGUGCGGCCGUGAGCUCCGUCCUGGGGGCUCUCCGCCGGGGGCCCCGGGCCCCGCGUGCACAGCCCCGCGGGGCCUCCAUCAGCACGCCGGUGGUUGCGCGGCGCCGCACCCGGCAGGUGUAGCCGGUGCAAGGAUCCCGACAGGUGAUUGUCCUCCGGCUUCUGCCGGAGCCUCGAGCCGCUCGCCCCCCCCGGGGCCCAGCGGCACUCAGGCGGCGCUGCAACGCCACACGACCCACCGCGCAGAGCCGGGGUCAAAGGUCAAAGGAGACGGUCGCGGUGGCGACGUGAAGACGGAGCGGAGCGCCGAGGUGACCGGAGAUCUGAUUAAAAUGCCCGCAUCCAGAACCAAGCUUCUGGACUGCCGGUCCUGUGACCUGGCCUUCAGGAGCAUCUCCAAGCUGCAGCUGCACAGGAAGGAGGCGCACAGCCGGGAGAAGAGAGUCCUGCCGGCGCCGCGGCCCGCCAGGCGCAGGAGAGCGUGCACCUACGCAUGUCCGGUCUGCAGCAAGGUCUUCUUCCACCACCUGUCCCUCAGGGCCCACUGCAGGCAGCACCCCACCUGCAGCCUCAGCACCAACCCAUCCCAAAGUCCUCCUGUAGGGGGCGCCACCAAAGAGCCACCGCAACACGGACCACACGGACCCGGCACAGCAGACGAGCAGCCGGCGAGGGCCGGGCCAGGGAGGCCCAGGAAGGCGGUCAGAGCCGAGAACAAGGCUCCUGGUCCGGGGCGGUGCCGAGCCGAGCCUGAGGAGGAGGAGGAGGAGGAGGAGGAGAGGGAGUUCCCGUGCCCCUCGUGUGCUGAGGUCUUCUCUCUGCAGGCGCAGCUCCAGCAGCACGAGGAGCUGCACCGGGCCUCCGUGAAGAGCCGGCCGUGCAGCGUGUGCAGCAGCCAGGUGGAGGCCUGCGGGCGGCCGGGCUCCAGGAGGCGGCGGCCGUACCACUGCGGGCCUUGUCUGCAGGGCUUCUCCGCUCUGGACUCCUUCCUAGAACACUGCCAGGAGCACCUGAGGGUCCGGGUGGAGGAGGACGGCGUCGGCAAAGCCUGAGGGCCGCCCGAAUGCUGUCAGCAUUUGCCUUGUUGCCUUGAGGAGCGCGAUGAGACCUUCUGACCCCGUGUGGGUCCACCUGCCCCCGACGCUCCGCCGGUACCUGUGGGCCGGUACCUGUGGGCCGGUACCUGUGGGCCGGUACCUGUGGGCCGGGGGAGUUGUCAUGGAGGCUGGAACACAACGAGCUCACGGCACCAGAGCGGCCGUGUUUAAGUUGUUCACUGCCGACCGUAUCCUGAAGCCUCCCAGAGUUCUCUCUGUCAACCGGUUCUGACAGGCGCCACCUGCUGGUGGUCCAGCUGCACUUCAGCUGCUGUGAAGUCAUCAGUGACCAAUAAGACGAGGGCCCUGUGUGAACCCCACGAGCAGCAGGAGCUCUGACCCCUCCGACCCCUCUGACCCCUAACGGUCCAGUGAAGAGAAGCCGCGAGCAGCCUUAAGGACGGAUCCACAAGCAGGAAGCUUUUCUGAGGAGCCAGAGAUCUAUUGAUCACUCUAUUGAUCACUCUAUUGGUCACUCUAUUGGUCACUAUUGAUCACUCUAUUGGUCACUCUAUUGGUCACUAUUGAUCACUCUAUUGGUCACUCUAUUGGUCACUAUUGAUCACUCUAUUGGUCACUCUAUUGAUCACUCUAUUGGUCACUCUAUUGAUCACUCUAUUGGUCACUAUUGAUCACUCUAUUGGUCACUAUUGAUCACUCUAUUGAUCACUCUAUUGGUUACUCUAUUGGUCACUAUUGAUCACUCUAUUGGUCACUCUAUUGAUCACUCUAUUGGUCACUCUAUUGAUCACUCUAUUUUUACACCAGAUGUCGUCUGCUGUAUUUUAGUUAUUUUUCUUACACAUUUUGCAAUAAUUCGUCAGUGGCGUUUUGUCUGGGACCGAGAGGGAGGCGCCCUGCCUUGGGCAAGACUGUUGGCGACGUGUGGACGGCGUGUUGAUGUGUUGACAUGUUAGCGUGUUGAUGUGUUGACGUGUUGGAGUGUUGAUGUGUUGAGAUGUUGACGUGUUGUGUUGACAUGUUGGAGUGUUGACGUGUUGACAUGUUAGCGUGUUGAUGUGUUGACGUGUUGACAUGUUGGAGUGUUGAUGUGUUAACGUGUUGAUGUGUUGACAUGUUAGCGUGUUGAUGUGUUGACAUGUUAGCAUGUUGAUGUGUUGACAUGUUAGCAUGUUGACGUGUUGACAUUUUGGAGUGUUGACAUGUUGGAGUGUUGAUGUGUUGACAUGUUAGCGUGUUGAUGUGUUGACAUGUUAGCGUGUUGACGUGUUGACAUGUUGGAGUGUUGACAUGUUGGAGUGUUAACGUGUUGAUGUGUUGACAUGUUAGUGUGUUGACAUGUUGGAGUGUUGACGUGUUGACAUGUUGAUGUGUUGACAUGUUGGAGUGUUGACAUGUUGGAGUGUUGAUGUGUUGACAUGUUAACGUGUUGAUGUGUUGACAUGUUAGCGUGUUGACAUGUUAGCGUGUUGAUGUGUUGACGUGUUGAGCUGUUGACGUGUUGAUGUGUUGACAUGUUGGAGUGUUGAUGUGUUGACGUGUUGGAGUGUUGAUGUGUUGAGAUGUUGACGUGUUGUGUUGACAUGUUGGAGUGUUGACGUGUUUACAUGUUAGCGUGUUGAUGUGUUGACGUGUUGACAUGUUGGAGUGUUGAUGUGUUAACGUGUUGAUGUGUUGACAUGUUAGCGUGUUGAUGUGUUGACAUGUUAGCAUGUUGAUGUGUUGACAUGUUAGCAUGUUGACGUGUUGACAUUUUGGAGUGUUGACAUGUUGGAGUGUUGAUGUGUUGACAUGUUAGCGUGUUGACAUGUUGAUGUGUUGACAUGUUAGCGUGUUGACGUGUUGACAUGUUGGAGUGUUGACAUGUUGGAGUGUUAACGUGUUGAUGUGUUGACAUGUUAGUGUGUUGACAUGUUGGAGUGUUGACGUGUUGAUGUGUUGACAUGUUGGAGUGUUGACAUGUUGGAGUGUUGAUGUGUUGACAUGUUAACGUGUUGAUGUGUUGAUGUGUUGACAUGUUAGCGUGUUGACAUGUUAGCGUGUUGAUGUGUUGACGUGUUGAGCUGUUGACGUGUUGAUGUGUUGACAUGUUGGAGUGUUGACGUGUUGACAUGUUGGAGUGUUGACAUGUUGGAGUGUUGACAUGUUGGAGUGUUGGUGUGUUGACGUGUUGACAUGUUGGAGUGUUGACGUGUUGAGAUGUUGAUGUGUUGAUGUGUUGACAUGUUGGAGUGUUGACAUGUUGGAGUGUUGACAUGUUGAUGUGUUGACAUGUUGGAGUGUUGACGUGUUGAGAUGUUGACGUGUUGAGAUGUUGAUGUGUUGACAUGUUGGAGUGUUGACAUGUUGGAGUGUUGACGUGUUGACAUGUUGGAGUGUUGACGUGUUGAUGUGUUGACAUGUUGGUGUGUUAACGUGUUGAUGUGGUGACAUGUUAGCGUGUUGAUGUGUUGACAUGUUAGUGUGUUGAUGUGUUGACAUGUUAGUGUGUUGACAUGUUGGAGUGUUGACAUGUUAGUGUGUUGACAUGUUGAUGUGGUGACAUGUUAGCGUGUUGAUGUGUUGACAUGUUAGUGUGUUGAUGUGUUGACAUGUUAGUGUGUUGAUGUGUUGACAUGUUAGUGUGUUGAUGUGUUGAGAUGUUGACAUGUUAGCGUGUUGAUGUGUUGACAUGUUGAUGUGUUGACAUGUUAGUGUGUUGAUGUGUUGACAUGUUAGUGUGUUGAUGUGUUGACAUGUUAGUGUGUUGAUGUGUUGACAUGUUAGUGUGUUGAUGUGUUGACAUGUUGAUGUGUUGACAUGUUAGUGUGUUGAUGUGUUGACAUGUUAGUGU